AUGUCCUUCAACGAUCUUGAAAGGGGACUCAACGAACGAGCGCCACUUGCGGACCCUCUUCCUGGUGGACCGGUUGUAGACCAAGACUUUCAAAAUUUGGCCAACAAGGUCUCCACCCAUAUUUUCCGAAUCAACAGCAACGUCUCGGGUUUGCAAAAACUUAUCGACCUCCUGGGAAGCUCGAGAGAUACAAGCGACAUCCGUAAGAAGCUACAUGACUUGACAGAAUCGACGAGGGAAUUCAUCAAAAAUUCAUCGGCAGAUGCGAAAAAACUAGCUAGUUGGCAGGUGACGGACUCAUAUAAAAUCGAACAACAAAAGGUUUCUAGAGAUUAUGCGAGUUCGAUACAAGCAUUUCAACGAGUGUCAAGGCUUUCGGUCGAACGACAGAAGCAAUUUGUCGACCGGGUGAAAUCAUCGAAUGUGGUAUCUUCUUCGAAACAUGCGAGGAUGGCCAGUCAAGACACUGAACCGGAAAGUCAUGAACUAUCAGAAACAAGACCGCAGUUUCAACCACAGCAACAGCUCCAGCAGCAACUCCAGAAACCAGCUCAACGACAGCAAGACGGGGAGGAGGUCGUACCAGACUACGAGGUGGAAUAUCAAGAGGCGUUAAUUGAGGAGAGGGAGAAUGAAAUCAGAGAAAUCGAAGUAGGUAUCAAUGAAUUGAAUCAGAUAUUUCGGGAUUUAGGAACAAUAGUUCAAGAACAAGGCGGUAAUAUCGAUAAUAUUGAAAGCAAUGUCCAUCGUAUCAAUAACGACAUGAGCGGUGCUGUCACGGAACUAAAUCAGGCCCACGAAUAUCAAAAGAAAUCUGGCAAAAAGAUGUUGUGUUUGCUAAUCAUCUUCGUGAUUGUCUUGUCCAUAAUCUUGAUUGCUAUCUUAGCGUGA